UUCAAGAUCUUUAAUUUCUGGCCACAAAAUUAGCUAUUUUUCCGCUGAGCAUUUGUCAUCACUAAUGCGACCGCAACGUUUCUUCAGCAUGGCUUUGAAAUAUAUUGAUAUUGGAGCCAAUCUGACGGAUCCCAUGUUCCAGGGCUGCUACGGCGGCACCCAGAAGCAUGCGGCCGACCUGGACAACGUUUUGCAACGUGCGUGGCAGCAGGGAAUGCAAAAGAUCAUCGUUACUGCCGGCUGCCUUAAAGAUGUUGAUGAAGCGCUGGAACUGACCAAGAUAGACGAGCGCCUCUACACCACAGUUGGCACGCAUCCGACGCGCUGCAAGGAAUUCCUGCCAGACCCAGAGGGCUACUAUAACCAGCUGCGCUCAAAGAUUGAAGCUAACCGGGAAAAGGUGCUGGCUGUGGGUGAGUGCGGCCUGGACUACGAUCGCCUGAAAUUCUGUGACGAAGAGACGCAGCGGCUGUACUUUGAGAAGCAGCUCAGUCUGGCGGCCGAGUUCCGGCUGCCGCUCUUCCUGCACAGCCGCAAUGCACACACGGACUUUAUGGCCAUCUUGGAACGCAAUCGUGACAAGCUCAAGGACUGUGGCGGCGGCGUAGUGCACAGCUUUACAGGCACGCUGGAGGAGGCACAAAGCCUGCUGGCAUUUGGCGGCCUCUACAUUGGUGUCAAUGGCUGCUCGUUGAAGACGGAGGAGAACGUGGAAGUUGUGCGGCAGCUGCCAAAUGAACGCAUAAUGCUGGAAACCGACUGUCCCUGGUGUGGCAUACGACCAACGCAUGCGAGUCAUCAGUUUUUGAGCACAAAGUUUCCCACUGUCAAGAAGAAGGAAAAGUGGACAGCCGAAACGCUGAUAGAUGGACGCUGUGAGCCGUGUCAGAUAAGUCAAGUUCUGGAGGCUGUGGCGGGCAUUAAGCAGCAGCCCAAGGAGAAGCUGUCUGAGAUCUACUACCAAAACACUUUGGAUUUGUUCUUCAGCGGCAAAUAAAACAAAUUAACUUUA